UGUGUGUGUGUAGGUGAUGCUGGAUAGGCGUGUGUGUGUAUUGUGUAAUCUCAGUGUGUUGUCUGGUGUGUGUGUAGGUGAUGCUGGAACAGAUGCAGGGUCUGAUGCACCUGGAGCUGGCCGGUUGUAAUGACUUCACGGAGGCCGGUCUGUGGUCCAGCCUGAACGCACGGCUCACGUCGCUCAGCGUCAGCGACUGCAUCAACGUGGCAGACGACGCCAUCGCUGCCAUCUCACAGCUACUGCCCAACCUGUCAGAGCUCAGCCUGCAGGCCUACCAUGUAACCGACACAGCCAUGGCUUACUUCACAGCCAAACAGGGCUACACCACUCACACGCUGCGUCUCCACUCGUGUUGGGAGAUCACCAACCAUGGUGUGGUUAACAUGGUCCACAGCCUGCCCAACCUCACGGCUCUGAGCCUGUCAGGCUGCUCUAAAAUCACUGAUGACGGGGUGGAGCUGGUAGCAGAGAACCUGAGGAAGCUGCGGAGCCUGGACCUCUCCUGGUGCCCACGCAUCACUGACAUGGCCCUGGAGUACAUCGCCUGUGACCUCCACAAACUAGAGGAGCUGGUACUGGACAGAUGUGUGAGGAUUACAGAUACAGGUCUAGGUUACCUGUCCACCAUGUCUUCUUUGAGAAGUCUCUACCUGCGCUGGUGCUGUCAGGUGCAGGACUUUGGGCUACAGCACCUGUUUGGCAUGAGGAGUCUACGUCUUCUCUCUCUCGCAGGUUGUCCACUCCUAACCACUACAGGUCUAUCUGGUUUGAUCCAGAUCCAGGAUCUAGAGGAGUUGGAGUUGACCAACUGUCCUGGAGCCACAGCCGAACUCUUCAAGUACUACUCACAACACCUGACACGCUGCAUGGUCAUCGAUAGCCCCCCCCCGGAUCCCCAUCACACCCCCUCUAACCUACCACCUUAUCCAACUACCAACUGA